CUGGUAGACAACCGUAGUGUCCCGACGCUCAACCCAGCCGGCUCUGAGACCGCCACCUUACGCUCCAGCGCAAGAAAAGAAGGAUCCGGCCACGUCAAGCGGCAGGCCUGCUAUGGCAACGAUAGAAGAUGAUGAUGAGAGAUUGUUGGCGCGCAUUGGCUACAAGCAGGAGUUGCGCCGAGAGUUCACCAAGUGGUCCACGGUCUCGUACGCCAUCAGCAUUCUUGGAGUACUCGGAUCGCAACCGGCGACGUAUGGUGUGCCGAUCAGUCUCGGUGGACCAGCGACGGCAGUAUGGACUUGGUUCAUUGGCUCAGUCAUGGCUAUGGUGAUUGCGAGUUGUGUCGCAGAGCUAGUCUCCGCGUACCCGACAGCAGGUGGCAUGUACUUCGUCACGAAGCAUGUUGUCCCAGAAAAGCAUGUCGCGAUCUGGGCAUGGACGAUCGGUUGGUGCAAUUUCCUAGGGCAAGCUACUGGCGUUGCUUCGCUUGCAUAUACUAUCGGUCAGAUGAUCCUGGCAGGCGCAAGUAUGAACUCUGGCUACGCAGACGGAACCUAUGCCUACUCGCCUACGCCGGCACAGACGGUGUUGGUUGCUAUACUGACGCUCCUUGUCUUUGGCUCCAUCUGCUCGUUAACGACGAAGGCAUUGCAUCGGAUCGUGCUUUGGUUUGCACCCAUCAACAUCCUAGCGACCAUUAGCAUCUGUAUUGCCCUGCUUGUACUGACGCCGGACAAACGCAGCGCAAGGUUUGUGUUUACCGAUAUCGAAGACUACUCAGGAUGGGGCAGCAAGGGCUUCUCAUUCUUGCUCGGCUUCCUGAACGUUGCGUGGGUGAUGACAGACUACGACGGGACCACGCAUAUGUCCGAGGAGACCCACGACGCUGCCAUACGCGGGCCACUGGCGAUCAGGCUUGCAGUGCUUGUGUCCGGGAUACUAGGCUGGGUCCUGAACAUCACCUUUACCUUCUGCCUCACUCCAAACUACAUGGAAGAUAUCGUCAAAUCGCCAACUGGUCUUCCUAUUGCGCAGAUCUUCCUCAACGCUGGCGGCAAGAGCGGAGGCUCUGCAAUGUUGUUUUUCGUCAUCCUGGUCCAAUUCUUCACCGGUGCAUCUGCUCUGCUCGCCAACGCGCGCAUGACUUACGCUUUCGCUCGCGACGAAGCGUUGCCGUUCUCCGGCUUUUGGAGUAAGGUCAACAAGACGACGGGCACGCCAGUCAACGCCGUGUGGCUGGUCGUGAUAUUCUGCUGCAUCCUCAACCUCAUAGGCAUUGGAUCUACUGAGACGAUUUACGCAAUCUUCAACCUCUGUGCGCCUUGCUUGGAUUUAAGCUAUGUUGCCGUGCUGUUCGCGCACCUAGUUUAUGGCAAUCACAGUCAGGUCCGCUUCAUCGAAGGACCCUUUACGCUCGGCCGCUGGAGCAAGCCUUUGAAUAUCUUGGCGAUCAGUUGGGUCCUCUUCAUCAGCGUGGUACUGUUCUUCCCAACAACAAGGCCAGUGACUGCGACCAACAUGAACUACGCUAUCGUCGUCGCUGGCUUUGUCGGCCUGUUCUCGUUCGGAUGGUGGUGGGCUGGUGCUGGUCGCAAGUACACGGGUCCUCGGACACAAGACAUUAUGGAGAUUGUUGCCACGACCGAGCCGGACGAUUACGCUUGAGCAACCAACUCUCGUGUCUCGAAGAUGGCAAACACACGAUCCGCGGCCAGAACAUAUUUUCGGUUUUUGACCUCAUGUUAGGGUCAUCUACGCAUGCAACAGCGGCGUACCCACCUUAUUCAAGUCAGCAACGUGGCCAGAGUUUUCGGAUGACUUGAUCGCCUGCACUCGCAAUUCGGCACAUAUGCUCCUGCAGCGUAUUCGGUCGGUGCACGUUGUCAAAUCCAUGUGCUUCCCAACUCAGCGGCAA